UCUUAAAAUGGUUAUGUGUCCAGGUGACAGCGGUCAUCUGGAUCUCAAAAUUGUUAAUUGGGCACCAAGCGAUAGGAGAGCGAUAGGAGUGCUAGAGGAGAGAGAGAGCGUGAGAACGGUGUCGUGAUCGUCGCAGGGUCAGAUUAGUCGAGAUAGCGCAGGCCUAGUGAUCGGACCCGUUUUUGAGUUUGAAUAAAGUGACAAACUACAAAACCGCCGAACUAUUAUUUUUGAACGGAACAAUUCUCAAAAACGGCCAAGUAUAGUGCGCUAAAGACGCGGAAAACAGGACAUAGAGACUAUACAAUCCGUGUGCGUUGUGUGCUUAGGACAGAGCGUGGCGUUUUUACCAGCACGUCGGUAAAAUAUAGUGCGUCGUCGUGUGCGUUGUGUAGAUAGUGCAUAGCGUUAACCAGUGCGUCGGACAACUGUACAGAGUGUCGUCGUGUGCGUCGCGUAGUUCAGAGAAGUGCACAGCGUUUUACGAGCACGAAGGGAAUGUAUAGUGUGUCCGUGUGUGCGUUUGUGUAGCUUAAGGAAGUGCACAUCGUUUAACGAGAACGCUAAGGAGCAGUACAUCGGGUCGUCGUGUGCGUUGCACGGUUUGAAAAAGUGCACAACGCUUACCAGGUCGUCGUGAAAAGUACAGAGUGUUCCGCGUUGCGUUCGUGUAUUCUAGGAAGAAACACGUGCAAGCGUGUACAUUCGUGUAUCGUGGUUGUGUGCGCUCGCAGCGUGAAGGUGUACAGCGUUUACCGGUACGCCGGACAAACCGUAUUGUGCCGAGUGUGAGUUCGUGCCUUUCUAGGAAGAAUCGUGUUUGAACAGGAAUCGGAGUGGCGUGCGCUGCGCAGCUUGAAAGUGUACAACGUUUACCGAUGAAAGCAUUGUGUGUCGUUUUGUGUGGACAUUGUUAGUUCGUGCGCAUCGUCAGGUAUUUCGGCAGAAAACGUUUGUGUCCGUUUAGUUUAAACAAUGCCGAGAGUACGGAGAUCUACAGCGAAGGUGCAGGAAGCUGAUGCUCAGAAGAUGGAUGAAGUUGCUGUUAACGUUUCGCAAGAACUCGUUGAUGAGAACAAUGAUGGUAACGUUACGAUUUUAGAGCAACUGAUCGUAGCUGAGAAAUCCAAGCACGCUACCGAAAUGGCAUUGCGAAAGGAGCUGAUUGAACUGAAAAAACAACAUCAAAUGGAACUACGGGAAUUGCAGGAAUCUUUGGAUUCCAUCACGGAAGAGAAACCGAAGGUUUCACGUCGCAUAACAAAAGAUCAAGCAGCGGCCAGGAAAACUAUUUCUUUGGCACUUCCCAAGUUCUGUGGAGAACCAGAUGUGUGGCCGUUUUUCAUCAGCAGCUUCAAAACAACAACGGAAGAGUGUGGGUUGAACAAUAUCGAGAAUAUGAAGCGUUUGAUGGAUAGUCUGGGUGGAGAAGCAUUGGAGGCUGUGAAAGGCAGACUCAUCUUCCCUGAUGCGGUGCCGGGAGUGAUCAAGGAGCUGGAAAGUCGGUUUGGAAGACCAAGAAAGUUGCUAGAAAACCUGCUACGUAAAGUCCGCGAAACGCCUUCGCCUACAGACAAUCAUUUGGAGAGUUUUAUCACGUUUGGGUUUAAAGUGAAGCAGUUAUGUGACCAUCUGGUAGCAAGCAACAUGACAGACCACCAAAAUAAUCCAUUCCUGGUAGAAGAGCUUAUUGACAAGCUUCCUCCGAGAUGCAAGGUGGAGUGGGUUCGUUUCAAACGUGACAAAGAGGGAAGUGUUAUGGCAAUUUUCGGAGAAUACAUUCAGACAGUGAUCGACGAAGUUUCUGAAGUGACUGAUUGUACACCGGUGAGCAGUCAGAAAGCAGGGAAGUACGAAGCUCUGAAACAACGCUCCAGACCAGUGAAAUCGAAUGCAGUCCAAAUGCGCAACAACGUGCAUGAUUUGGAAAAUAGUGGAGUCAACCAGCUCAAGAUGACCUGUUGGGUGUGCAGCAACACAGGGCAUAGCCUCAAGGAGUGUGACCAGUUUAAGGAGAUGACGCUAGUCGAUCGUUUCAAAACAUUGGAGAAGCUCAAAAUAUACGUUCCAGUGCUGGACCACCCUAAUGAAGCGCCAUCUAUGAUUAUUGGUCUGGAUAACAUAGAUUUGUUUGCAGCUUUGGAAACUCGAAUCGGCAACCGCGGAGAACCGAUAGCUGUAAGGUCCAAGCUAGGAUGGACGGUGUACGGUGUCGAUGGAUAUCGUAAGGUGUAUAACGUUCCCGUAAAUAUGCACCAGAUCCAGUCUUUGGACAACAGACAGCUGCACGACAUGAUGAAACAACAAUACCAGCUGGAAGAGCUUCGCAGCGAUAACUACAACCCGCCAAUAGCGAACGAAGAACAACGAGCUAGAGAUAUCCUAGAGAAAACCACGUGUCGAGUAGGAGAUCGGUUUCAAACGGGACUGUUGUGGCGUGAUGAUGUUCGAGAACUUCCCGAAAGCUACCCCAUGGCGGAGAAGAGAAUGCUACAACUGUCCAGAAAGCUCAGUAAGAAACCGGAUCUGAACACUGCGGUAUGUCGGAUGAUACAAGAGUAUCAAGACAAAGGAUAUGCUCACGAGCUAGCGGAGUCGGAGUUAGUCGAAGGCGCCUAUGAACCGGUAUGGUAUUUACCAUUGAACGUGGUACAACAUGCAAAGAAGCCAGACAAGAUAAGACUUGUUUGGGAUGCUGCAGCAUCAGUAGAUGGAGUAUCUUUAAACUCUCUACUGCUUAAAGGACCGGACAUGUUGGUCCCGCUUCCGAAGAUCAUCUGUAAAUUCCGUGAGAAACCCAUCGCGUUUGGAGGGGACAUCAAGGAGAUGUUCCAUCAGCUACGGAUUUGUGAGAAAGACAAACAUGCUCAGCGAUUUCUAUUUGGAACAAAGCCCUGCGGAGCACCUCGUGUGUACGUGAUGGACGUUGCGACCUUUGGUGCUACCUGCUCGCCCUGCUCAGCACAGUACGUGAAGAACCUGAAUGCUCGGGAGUUCGCCGAACAGUUUCCCGGAGCAGCGUCAGCAAUCAUCGGGAAUCAUUACGUGGAUGAUUAUUACGACAGUGCAGACAGCGUUGGCGAAGCGGUUGAGUUGGCGAAGGAUGUGAGGUACGUACACUCCCGUGGAGGGUUCCACAUUCGUAAUUGGGUUUCAAACAGCAUGGAGUUUCUGGAAGCUUUGGAAGAGCGGAACGCGACAUCAACUCUUCGCUUUACGGAUGAUAAGGAGUCAACAUUCGAUCGAGUGCUGGGAAUAUGCUGGAAACCUCAAGAAGACGUCUUCUGUUUUGAAGCCACGACCGAGAUGGAAUUGAGCAAGUAUGUUACAGGUACCAUCCGUCCUUCGAAACGUGUCGUAUUGAGUGUAGUAAUGGCUCAAUUCGAUCCGAUGGGUUUCAUCACACCAGUAACAAUACGAGGAAAGAUGCUCAUACAAGACCUCUGGAGAUCGGGAUGUGAUUGGGACACAGCGAUAGAUGCGGAGUCACAUGGGAAGUGGAUGUUGUGGAUCAAAUCAUUAAUGAGUCUAAAAUCGUUGCAGAUACCACGAUGUUAUUUCGGAGACUCAAGAUCCCAAGACGUAUCAGACAUCCAGCUUCAUGUCUUCACAGAUGCCAGCGAGACGGCCUUUGGAUGCGUGGCUUACCUAAGAGCAAUCGUGCAUGGCAAAGUAUGCUGUACGUUGGUGAUGAGUCGGUCGAAGGUUGCACCCCUUAAACCAUUGUCAGUACCGCGUUUGGAGCUUCAAGCGGCGGUGCUGGGUGUUCGACUGGCGAAAACCGUUAUCGAGUCCCAUCAUCUGGUUAUCUCAAGACAGUUCUUCUGGACAGAUUCCAAAGUGGUGUUGUCCUGGAUAAGAUCGGAUGUGCGACGUUACAAACAGUUCGUGGGACUGAGAGUAGGAGAGAUUCUCAGUAAUAGCAGCGUAGAGGAUUGGAGUUGGGUGCCGUCGAGUGAAAAUGUAGCAGAUGUAAUCACUAAAUGGGGAAAGACCAACAGCCCCGUUGAUGAGAGUGUAUGGAUACAUGGACCUGCAUUUUUGAGCAAGAACGAAGACGAAUGGCCGCCUCAACAGAAGCCGGAGCUUAACACCGCGGAGGAGAUACGAGUACACUUGCUGAUACAUGACGUGAUGGUACCUGGAGCACUUAUAGACGCCAGUCGUAUUUCCAAGUGGACGGUGUUGGUGCGUACCGUGGCGUGUGUACUGCGAUUUAUUUCGAACUGCCGCAGGAAAGCAAAAGGAGAACCCCUCGAGACGUUGCGAGCGACGGAGAAUCAUCUACGACUACUAUUGAACGCAAAGGUACAAAGCCGGCGAACCCCUCUUCAGCAAAACGAGUACGACAAGUCUGAGAAGCUAUUGAUGAGAGUAGCACAAUCUGAAUGCUUUGUAGACGAGAUCAAGGUUCUGACUAAGAAUAUGGGUCGCCCCUCAGAACAAUGGAUGAGCCUCGACAAGGGUAGCCCGCUCUAUAAGCUAUCUCCAUUGCUAGAUGAGGACGGACUUAUACGGAUGGAAGGACGAACUGAGCAAGCCAAGUUUCUUCCGUUUAGUCUACGAUUUCCGGUGAUCUUACCAGACAAGCAUCCGAUUACAGAGUCCAUCGUGCGUCAUUACCACGAGAGAAGUGGUCACGGCUACCGCGAAGCAGUAAAGAACGAGCUCCGUCGAGCGUACUUCAUAAUACACCUAGACGCUACAGUUCGGAGAGUAUCAUCGGCGUGUGUGUGGUGCAAGGUGCACCGGAACCGUCCGAAGGUGCCGAGGAUGGCACCCUUACCUGUUCAACGUCUAACGCCUUUUUUAAGACCUUUCAGCUUCACUGGAGUUGAUUAUCUCGGACCGUUUACCGUGACCGUUGGAAGACGUUCGGAGAAGCGCUGGAUAGUGCUGUUUACCUGCCUGGUGGUCCGAGCCGUCCAUCUCGAAGUUGCCAGUGAGCUGACUACGCAGUCCUGCAUGAUGGCCAUCCGACGUUUCGUCUGUCGUAGAGGCUGGCCAAUGGAAUUCCUGUCGGACAACGGCACCAAUUUCCAAGGUGCCAGCAAGCUGAUAGUCACCGCGAUCGAUGAGGAUUGUGCUGAUCAGAUGACGAAUGCUAGGACCAAAUGGACGUUCAAUCCUCCAGCAGCACCCUAUAUGGGAGGGGUGUGGGAGCGUCUCGUGCGGUCGGUGAAAGACGUUUUGAAGGCCCUUGACGAUGGGCGACGCCUUACUGACGAGAUUCUGCAAACCAGCGUUCUGGAGGCCGAAGACAUCAUCAAUUCCAGACCGUUAGUAACAGUGUCGCAACAUGGAAGUGACGAAGAGACACUAACACCUAACCAUUUUCUGCGUGGAGUGCAUGGUAGAGACGAACGCGUCGUCCCCCCUACUAACCCUAAGAUAGCGAUGCGUGAUACAUAUGAGAGGUCCCAGCAACUUGCAGAUCUAAUGUGGGAAAAAUGGGUAAAAGAGUAUGCUCCCACUCUGAAUCAAAGGAAGAAGUGGUUUGGGGAUAAUCGAUCGCUAGGAGUAGGUGACUUAGUCUAUGUGGUAGAUGGCAAAUGUAGAAAGCAAUGGGUGCGGGGAAUUGUUGAAGAGGUCAUAAAGGCAGGAGACGGACGGGUACGCCAGGUUUGGGUACGCACACAGAACGGAAGGUUCAAGCGAGCAGUACACAAUCUUGCUGUAUUGGAAGUAGAGUAAAGGGUAACGCCAGUAAGGAUACACUGGGUUACGGGCGGGGGGAUGUCCAGGUGACAGCGGUCAUCUGGAUCUCAAAAUUGUUAAUUGGGCACCAAGCGAUAGGAGAGCGAUAGGAGUGCUAGAGGAGAGAGAGAGCGUGAGAACGGUGUCGUGAUCGUCGCAGGGUCAGAUUAGUCGAGAUAGCGCAGGCCUAGUGAUCGGACCCGUUUUUGAGUUUGAAUAAAGUGACAAACUACAAAACCGCCGAACUAUUAUUUUUGAACGGAACAGUUAUGGAAGUAGCGAUUGACGUAGAUGAACAGCGUCCGGUGCCGGAAGCAUUGAGUCUUAGCUUGUAAUAAACUACAAUAGGGAAUUAAGUCCGA